AUGAACACGACAGCACUAACAUUCACGAUGACUGCAUACGCCGUCAUGGAAAACAGCAAACACGGGCUGUUUGCUGUUUUCCUCCUGCUCUAUUGUGUUACAGUCAUUCUGAAUUCACUGCUCAUUACUGUCAUACACCAAAACAAAGACUUGCAUCAACCCAUGAAUGUCUUCACCUGCAUGUUAUCCAUCAAUGAAAUAUACGGCAGUUCUGCGUUGUUUCCUUCAGUGAUGGCUGUGCUUUUAUCUGACACACAUGAGAUACCUGUGAAUUGGUGUAAAGCUCAAGUCUAUUUCCUGCACACAUACGCAAGUGCUGAGUUUUGUAUUUUAGCCAUUAUGGGAUAUGACAGAUACGCUGCCAUCUGUCACCCGCUGCAAUACCACAGCAUCAUGUCUAAUGCAAAGACUUGCAAGCUUGUUGCAUUAGCAGGUCUGUACCCGCUCAUUGUGUUUGGAUGUUUUUACACACUAACCUUACAGCUGAGUUUCUGUGGCAAAGCGGUGCCAAAAUUAUACUGUGUGAACAUGGAACUAGUGAAAAAUGCAUGUUCAAGCACAUCAUACAUAAGUAUCACGGGACUUGUGCUUAUUAUGUUUUUGGUCAUGCCUCAGUUUAUGAUGGUGAUUUUCUCUUAUGCACAGAUUUUGAGAGAGUGCAGGAAAUUAUCAAGAGCAUCCCAAAGAAACGCUUUUAAAACAUGUGUCCCACAUUUAUUAUCUUUGCUGAACUACACUAUCGCUUCCUUUUUUGAAAUUAUACAAACCAGAUUUAAUAUGAGUCAUGUUCCUAUCAAGGCACGGAUCUUCCUGUCUUUAUACUUUGUCAUCAUUCCUCCUAUUACCAACCCAGUGAUGUAUGGACUGGGUACGCAAAUAGUAAGAGUUCACAUACUGAAACUGUUUGUUAGAUACAAGAUCCUGCCAACAAAUUUAGUAAAGAUAGUGACUGCAUCUUAA